UUUUGUGGCUUAUGUGAACUAGACUAUUUACUUUUAGUCACCACGUAUACCUGCAGUUGUUGGUGAUUGCUUUUUGUAGGACUGUGAAGAUCCCAACCCAUUGAUUCGGGCCUUGGCAGUCAGAACCAUGGGCUGUAUCCGAGUGGACAAGAUAACAGAAUAUCUCUGUGAGCCCCUCCGCAAGUGCUUGAAGGACGAAGAUCCCUAUGUUCGGAAAACAGCAGCAGUCUGCGUGGCAAAACUCCAUGAUAUCAAUGCCCAAAUGGUGGAAGAUCAGGGAUUUUUGGAUUCUCUACGGGAUCUCAUAGCAGAUUCGAAUCCGAUGGUGGUAGCUAAUGCUGUAGCAGCGUUAUCUGAAAUAAGUGAAUCUCACCCAAACAGCAACUUACUCGAUCUAAACCCACAGAACAUCAAUAAGCUGCUGACAGCCCUGAAUGAGUGCACCGAGUGGGGCCAGAUUUUCAUUCUGGACUGCCUGUCUAAUUACAACCCUAAAGAUGACCGGGAGGCUCAGAGCAUCUGUGAGCGGGUAACUCCCCGGCUAUCCCAUGCCAACUCAGCAGUGGUGCUUUCAGCUGUAAAAGUCCUAAUGAAAUUUCUAGAGUUGUUACCCAAGGACUCUGACUACUACAAUAUGCUGCUGAAGAAGUUAGCUCCUCCACUUGUCACUUUGCUGUCUGGGGAGCCAGAAGUGCAGUAUGUCGCCCUGAGGAACAUCAAUCUAAUUGUCCAGAAAAGGCCUGAAAUCUUGAAGCAGGAAAUCAAAGUCUUCUUUGUGAAGUACAAUGAUCCCAUCUAUGUUAAACUAGAGAAGUUGGACAUCAUGAUUCGUUUGGCAUCCCAAGCCAACAUUGCUCAGGUUCUGGCAGAACUGAAGGAAUAUGCCACAGAGGUAGAUGUAGACUUUGUUCGCAAAGCUGUGCGGGCCAUUGGACGGUGUGCCAUCAAAGUGGAGCAAUCUGCAGAGCGCUGUGUAAGCACAUUGCUUGAUCUAAUCCAGACCAAAGUAAAUUAUGUGGUCCAAGAGGCAAUUGUUGUCAUCAGGGAUAUCUUCCGCAAAUAUCCCAACAAGUAUGAAAGUAUCAUUGCCACUCUCUGUGAGAACUUAGACUCGCUGGAUGAGCCAGAUGCUCGAGCAGCCAUGAUUUGGAUUGUGGGAGAAUAUGCUGAAAGAAUUGACAAUGCAGAUGAGUUACUAGAGAGCUUCCUGGAGGGUUUUCAUGAUGAAAGCACCCAGGUGCAGCUCACUCUGCUUACUGCCAUAGUGAAGCUGUUUCUCAAGAAACCAUCAGAAACACAGGAGCUGGUCCAGCAGGUCUUGAGUUUGGCAACACAG